CACAAAGGGAGCCCGGAGAAAGCGCCUGGCUGCUGGGCCGGGCCGGAUCGGGCCGAGGCGAACCGGGGCAAAGCGGUGGCCGCGGCUGGGUCCCGGUGGUGGCGCGCCAUGGCGGGCGCGUCGGGCGCGUCGUGCAGCCUGAAGGACGAGCUGCUGUGCUCCAUCUGCCUGAGCAUCUACCAGGACCCGGUGAGUUUCGGCUGCGAGCACUACUUCUGCCGCCGCUGCAUCACGGAGCACUGGAGCCGCCAGGAGGCGCAGGCGGCGCCGGCCCGCGACUGCCCCGAGUGCCGGCGCACCUUCGCCGAGCCGGCGCUGGCGCCCAGCCUCAAGCUGGCCAACAUCGUGGAGCGCUACGCCGCCUUCCCCCUCGACGCCAUCCUGCUGAGCGCGCAGCAGCGCGGCGCCUCCGCCUUCGCCUGCGCCAAGGAGCACGGCAAGGUCAAGCUCUUCUGCCUCACCGACCGCGCCGUCGUCUGCUUCUUCUGCGACGAGCCGGCCGUGCACGAGCAGCACCAGGUCACCAGCCUCGAGGACGCCUUCGAGGAGCUCCAGAGGGAACUUAAGGAGCAGCUGCAGACUCUGCAGGACAGCGAGCGCGGCCACACAGAAGCCCUGGCUCUCCUGAAACGGCAGCUGGCCGAGACAAAGUCCUCUGCCAAGAGCCUGCGGGCCACGAUCGGGGAGGCGUUUGAACGGCUGCACCGCCUGCUCCGCGAGCGCCAGAAGGCCAUGUUGGAGGAGCUGGAGGCGGACACGGCCCGGACUCUGACGGACAUCGAGCAGAAGAUCCAGCGCUACAGCCAGCAGCUCCGCAAAGUCCAGGAGGGCAGCCAGAUCCUCCAGGAGCGGCUGGCCGAGGCGGACAAGCACUCCUUCCUGGCCGGCAUUGCGUCCUUGUCCGAGAGGCUCAAGGGCAAGAUCCACGAAACGAACCUCACGUACGAGGACUUCCCCACCUCCAAGUAUAUGGGCCCCUUGCAGUACACGAUCUGGAAAUCUCUUUUUCAGGACAUCCACCCAGUGCCUGCCACCCUCACGCUGGACCCCUCCACAGCCCACCAGCGCCUCAUCCUCUCCGACGACUGCACCAUCGUGGCCUACGGCAACCUGCACCCGCAGCCGCUGCAGGACUCCCCCAAGCGCUUUGACGUGGAGGUCUCAGUGCUGGGCUCGGAGGCCUUUGGCGGCGGGGUGCACUACUGGGAGGUGGUGGUCUCAGAGAAGACGCAGUGGAUGAUCGGCCUGGCGCACGAGGCCGUCACGCGCAAGGGCAGCAUCCAGAUCCAGCCCAGCCGCGGCUUCUACUGCAUCGUCAUGCACGACGGCAACCAGUACAGCGCUUGCACGGAGCCCUGGACCCGGCUGAACGUCAAGAGCAAGCUGGAGAAGGUGGGCGUCUUCUUGGACUACGACCGCGGCCUCCUGAUCUUUUACAACGCGGAUGACAUGUCCUGGCUGUACACCUUCCGGGAGCGCUUCCCGGGCAAGCUCUGCUCCUACUUCAGCCCGGGGCAGAGCCACGCCAACGGGAAGAACGUGCAGCCGCUGCGGAUCAACACUGUCCGCAUUUAAGGGCUGCCGACAAGGGGGGGGGCCGUCAGCGGCACAGCACUGACUGUUGUGAGCCGUGAUGCCUGACUCCUGGGGGUCCCUCCCAACUCUACCAUUCUGUGGUUCUGUUCUUGACUAGCAGAACACAGAGGUGAACACGCAGGGUUCCUUGCUUGAGCUUCCGGAAGAGCGGGGCUUUUCAAUUAGGGACAGAAAACUGGUGUGAGGUCCACCAGGGGAGGGGAGUCGGGAUUCUUGCUUGCGGCGUUUCUGGGUGCUGCCCCUCGACGCAGCUUGGUGGGCGGCCGGCGAUGGUGCAGUGAGGUGGGCCAGCUGAGGAACGAGGCGCUUUUGUGAGGGAACAGAGCUCUGAACUUUUCUUUCCCGGCAAAGUCCGCGUGGCGCAGAUUCCAGGCCCACAGGCAGGUGCAUGUACCAAAACGAAACCUCGCGGCCCCCACCGCUGGCUGGUUUAAGUGGGAACGGGUUUAUGUCUGUAUGGAUUUGUAUUAGUUGGUCUGAUUUCCUGUUUGGGGAGGCUGGGAGGAAAAUGGCGGCUGGGGAGCACCGGGGAGGGGGAGGAAAGAAGGAAACGGUGAAAUAAAUGGAACGUUUGGACCCCAAA